CCUGACAGAGGGCACACAUUACCCGGCAACCACUUUCCCAGUGUAUCGAAGCAAGAUGGCAGCUGUUGUUGAGAAUGUUGUCAAACUGCUGGGAGAGCAGUACUACAGAGAUGCCAUGGAGCAGUGUCACAACUACAAUGCCAGGCUGUGCGCCGAGAGGAGCGUUCGGAUGCCGUUCCUGGACUCGCAGACCGGCGUGGCUCAGAGCAACUGUUAUAUCUGGAUGGAGAAAAGACACAGGGGACCAGGCAUGGCUCCAGGACAGCUGUACACUUACCCAGCCAGGAGGUGGAGAAAGAAACGAAGAUCUCAUCCUUCAGAAGACCCCCGGCUUAUCUUCCCUCCGGUUAAAUCAGAGCUAGAUUUAGGACUGAAGAAGGAUGCUCUGUUGUCAUCGGAUGGCAGCAGCCUGGAGGCCCUGCUGAAGGGGGACUCCUUGGACAAAAGGACAUCCGCAGACCUCCGAGGAUCUGAGGAGGAUUCCAACAUGAGUGAUUACACCGGAGGCCUGAACCCUGCCGCCCGGAUCAGAAAGAGAAUCAUCGAGCCUGACGACUUCCUGGACGACCUUGACGAUGAAGACUAUGAAGAAGACACGCCUAAAAGAAGAGGCAAAGGGAAAGGGAAGGGCCGAGGAGUGGGCAGCAGCAGGAAGAAGCUGGACACGGCAGCACUGGAGGACCGAGACAAGCCGUACGCCUGUGACAACACUCUCAAACAAAAGCAUAUUUCAAAACCUUCUGAAAGAGAAAGCAGGAGACAUCAGGAACCUGUCUGUGGGAAGCGCUACAAGAACCGUCCUGGCCUGAGCUACCACUACACCCACUCCCACCUGGCCGAGGAGGAGGGUGAGGAGAAAGACGACAUGGAAAUGAACGAGCCCGCCCUGUCGCUGCCCGAGGAGCCAAAAACUCCAAAGAAAGGUCCAGAUGGGCUCGCGUUGCCUAAUAAUUACUGUGAUUUCUGUCUGGGAGACUCCAAAACUAAUCACAAGACCGGCCAAUCAGAGGAGCUGGUGUCCUGCUCUGACUGUGGACGUUCAGGCCACCCCUCCUGCCUGCAGUUCACUCCUGUAAUGAUGGCCGCCGUCAAGACGUACCGCUGGCAGUGCAUAGAGUGCAAAUGCUGCAACAUGUGCGGCACAUCGGAGAAUGAUGAUCAGCUUCUGUUCUGCGAUGACUGCGAUAGAGGCUAUCACAUGUACUGUCUCAACCCCCCCAUGUCUGAACCUCCAGAGGGUAAGUCUGAACUGAGCCGCUCUCCUCCAAAGCUGCACAACAAGAAGCAAAGUCCAUAA